AUGGACCUCGCCUGUGAACCCAUCGCUGUAUGUCAGUGUGGUCAAUUCUGGUGCACCCAGUUAUGCCUAGAUGUGUGCUUUGGAAUACAUUUCACCGAGUUCCGAGAUUUAGAACACCGAUUUUUGGAUAUUUUUCCAAGAAUCGACAAGGAAAUAAUUUAUCAGGAUCCAGGGAACAGCAGUACUCGAAGUCUCAUAUUUCAUGCACGCCACUCGGCGCCUGAAGAAGUUGAUCUCACAUUCAUAUUCCGAUAUGGAACCUAUGGAGAAAUACCAGACCAUAUACCGCAGCUAAACGACUUCAUUCGUCCUGAUGAGCUCGCAUGUCGAAGGGUCGGUGCAUGGGGGGACGAUCCGUCAGUUGAGCUUUGGUACCGCAAGAACCAAAUGCAGCUGCACAUUCAGGAUCCUAACUUUGUGAAUUGCACAAUUGCCGACCUCAUUGGUUCUUUUGAACCGCAGAAAUUAUGGUUUGGCCCAGUCGUUGCUCUAAUACUCAUGACAGAUGUGGAUCGGAAGGCAUACGUAGAUGUGCAGCAGCAUCACAUCGACACUUUUGGGAGAUUUUUGAGGAGUUGCAGCAGUCCCUGUUUCGUUGUUUGA